UGCUUAAUAGCGCCCCGCCCAGAUUUGUGUUUGAACGCUUCUGUUUCAGCACUAUCUCGAUAUGCUAGCCUUGAGCUGCCUGCUACACUGACAAGUUUCUGCGAUAUAGCCGAGAGUGGCUACGCGAGCGAGCAUCACAGCCUGAUAGCCUGCUGCUACCCCGGGAGAGGCGAUGAUGGCGGCGGCCGUAGAGAGAGGAGGAGUGCGGGCCGCUUUCCUGAAUCCAGGUAGCGGCGGCGGGAUCGGUGGACCACCCCCGGCACCUAUGCCCACUGCUCCCGGAGCCGCGGUUGGAGCGGGUGGCAUGGGUUCGAAUUCUGGUGGGUCGGAUGGGCCCAUGCCUGUGCCUAUGAAUCUUUUUGCAACAUGGGAAAUCGACCGUUCUUCUCCGAGUUGUGUUCCAAGAUUGUGCAGCCUGACCCUCAAGAAGCUGAUUGUCCUCAAAGAAUUGGACCGGGAGCUUAGCUCAGUGGUGAUAGCUGUCAAAAUACAGGGCUCCAAGCGCAUCUUGAGGUCCAACGAGUAUGUCCUUCCUCCAGAUGGACUGAUGGAGACUGACCUUGAGCUAACCUUCUCACUCCAGUAUCCCCACUUCCUCAAAAGGGACGCCAACCGAUUGCAGAUCAUGCUGCAGAGGAGGAAGCGAUAUAAAAACCGCACCAUCCUGGGAUAUAAGACCUUAGCUGUGGGCGUCAUCAAUAUGGCAGAGGUGAUGCAGCAUCCGACAGAUGGAGCCCAGAUCCUGGGUCUCCAUAGCAACGUGAAGGAGGUGCCGGUGCGUGCGGCCGAGCUCAGCGUGUAUUCCCUGUCCAGUCAGCCCAUUGACCAUGAGGACGGCAGCGGGCAGCCAGGGACCAAGGCCAAAGCCUUAGAUCGCUCCCCGGAUAUGGACAACUACUCCGAGGAUGACGACGACAGCUACUCCUCGGAGCAGGAAGCUAGCGACGAUGCUGUUCAACCAGUGGACCUGUACGAUGAGGAUGAGGAUGUGCAAAGGAAGCCAAAGAAAAACCGGAGGAAAAUGAUUCGUACGACAUCCAUGACAAGGCAACCCAAUUUCAAACAGAAGUUUGUGGCCCUGUUGAAGAGAUUCAAAGUGACGGAUGAGGUUCUGGACUCGGACCCAGUGGACCAGACCCAGGAGGUGGAGGAGGAUCUGGACCUGCUCUAUGAUAGUCUGGAGGUUUACAACCAGAGUGACAGCGGCCCUGAGAUGGAGGACAACGAGAGUGUCCUCAGCACGCCCAAACCCAAACUCAAGCCCUUCUUUGAGGGAAUGUCCCAUUCGAGCUCCCAGACUGAGAUUGGGAGUCUACACAGUCAGAAGAGCCAGCCCAGGGACCUGGCCUGCAUCGGUGGAGAGCUGCUGUCCCCGGACAGGGCCAAAGUCCAAAUAGGGACCAAGUAUAUAGACGACAGCGCCGGAUUGGAGUCUCCUGCAGGGGACGCGGAGGAUGAGGAGACUAGGGCUGGCACAGGGCCAGGGGAGGCUAACCCCAACCACACUCCCAUCAGCUGGGACCUGAGCACGGACAAACUGCCCGGCCCAGUGGCCAAACUCUGCAAGACCGAGUCCCAGACACUCAUGUCGCCGAGUAAAACCGAGAACAAGCUGCAGAGGCGUCCUAGGAGCACGUCCAUGAAGGACCGGCAGAACUCCAAGGCCCAGAGUGACAGGACCAGCAGCAUCGACAGCGAGACAUCCCCGGAAUCCAGGAUCGCUGUCCAGGUCCCCAGGAAGUCGGUGUACGACCAGCUAAACCAGAUCCUUAUCUCUGACGAGCAGCUCCCCGAGAGCAUCAUCCUCAUCAACACCACAGACUGGCAGGGCCAGUAUCUAUCUGAGAUUCUCCAUGAGCACAGCCAGCCUAUCGUGUGCACCAUCUCUGGUGCGGAUGUCCAUGCAGCCUUCAACACCAUAGUCACCAGGAUCCAGAGAUUCUGUAACUGCAAUGCCCAGACACCCCCCACCAUCAAAGUGGCGGUGGCCGGCGACCAGAGUUACCUCAGCACCAUCCUCAGGUGCUUCGUGGAGCAGUUGGCCAACAAGACGCCGGAUUGGCUCAGCUACAUCCGCUUCCUGGUCAUCCCUGUCGGCACUCAUCCUCUGGCCAAACACAUGUCUUCGUUCGACAGCAAGUUCAACAACAUCUUCAUGGAUGCUGGCUGGAGGGACUUGUUUGGCAGACUGGAGGCCCCAACAUCAGUUUCCGUAGACAACAUUGAUGUAGCAGGCCGCGUGUCUCAGUACCUGGCUGGGGCCAGCGUCUCACACCAGUGUCCCAUCUCUGAGGCCAUGCUCACCUACAAACAGAAAAGGAAGAGAAGCUUGUAUUUUGAUUUUUACAUCAGCCCUGACGAGGACUCCUGUCAGAAGUUUGUGCCAUUUAUUGGGCUGGUGAAAGUGGGCAUCGUUGAGCACAACCUUUCAACCUCAAUGGACUCUGAUGAUGCUGUGAUGGGGAGCAUCAAUAUGCUGGCCUCCCCUCCCCCCCAGCCGGGACCACCCUACAUGAAGGACCUGACCUGCACCCCGCCCCCCUCCCCCUCCGUCUCAGCCACCCUCGCCGGAGCCGGCUCUCCGGUGACGGGCGGGGAGGUGAUGGGGCUCCAGGUGGACUACUGGGCAUGUCACGGCGUCGACAAGAAGAAGGAAGGCGAGAAGCGAGACGUGGGCAUCAAGAAUACCCUGAAAAGCAACUUCCGCUCGCUGCAGGUGUCCCGCAUCCCCAACGGGGGCGAGCUGACCCCUCCUCCCGGCAUGGCCAUGACGGUCGUCAUGAAGGAGAAGAACAAGAAAGUGAUAUUCCUGAGUAAAAAGCCCAAGGAGAAGGAUGUGGACUCCAAGAGCCAGGUGAUCGAGGGCAUCAGCAGGCUGAUCUGCACUGCCAAACACCAGCACACCAUGCUGAGAGUGUCCAUUGACGGUGUGGAGUGGAAUGACGUCAAGUUUUUCCAGCUGGCCGCCCAGUGGCCCACUCACGUCAAGCACUUCCCUGUUGGCAUCUUCGGCUACACCAAGCCUGCCAUGUGACAUAUCACUGCCACCUAAACCCAAGUAUGGGUAGCUGCAGCCCAAUAUGGCGACCGGAGUAUGGGCAAGCGGGUGUGUCGAAAGGAGUGGGUGUAUGGAAAGCUAAUCAGCUAAUUGGGCAUCGGCUAAUUGCCACUCAAGACCGUUUUGCAUGGCUGAUACGAGUCAAUAAGCCACCGACCAGCGGUAGCUAACAUGGCAAUUUUUUUUCUCUCCCAUGAUUUUGUUUCCAAUAGGAUAGAAGCCUACACAAGAAAUAACUAAUAUUGAUAACCAUUGAGAUUUCACAUUUGAUACAUACAUACAGUCUACUCAAUGGGCAGGGCAUGAAGGGCAACAACACCUGGACACCGUGUCCUUGCUCCUGCUUUGCCAAGCACUACUGUCCCGGCGUGAGAAGUAGCUAUUUAGUAGCCAAUAUCAGGGUGACAGUCACAGUGAGCAUACGCAUGCAAGCAAUAGUACACCCAUCAUCAGUACUUUUAAUAAAAAAAUAAACAAUUGUCAGUUUUACAACUUAAAAGGUACAAUUAUUUGUGUAAAACUAACAGCGAAAUACGAAUCAAACUCAAGUCCAAACUCUCUCUGUACGAUAGUUGUGUGGUAAGAACCGGAACAAAAAUAAAUCGUCUAACCCACUGAUUCUCAAUCCUGGUUCUGGGGACCCAAAGAGCUGCACAUUUUUGUUUUUUCCCUAGCAGUACACAGCUGAUUCAGAUGAUCAACUCGUGAGGAUUUGAUGAUUUGAAUCAGAUUUGUAGUGCUAGAGCAAAAAUCUAAAUGUGCACCCCUUUGGGUCCCCAGGACUAGGAUUGAGAACCAGUGGUCUAACCUAUAGCAGAGCGCUUUCGACACACCCACUCCUUUCCACACGCCCACUACUUUCCUUUCGACACACCCACUCGCCCAUACUCCGGUCGACAUAUUGGGCUGCAGCUACUCCCUUCUCUCUAAACCCUGACCCCAGAACAGCCCUUAUCUCCCAUAGAGAGAGACAAGCUGGAUUCCAUUCUGAAAAAUCACUCCUCUCCUUUAUGUUCUUUUGAUAUUUGUAUUUACUAGAUAUUGAGGCUAUAAAUAUGGUAACAGCUCCAUCAAGUGAAGAUUAUAGGUCCUUAUAUGCUGGUUCCCAAUGUUUCAAAAUUCAAUUAUUAGAAAUAGAUUUCUAAGUCUAAGUUUGAAAUGAAUCCAACUCUCCAUGGGCUCUCCAAGUUACAGAAGGUAGUGGGGAAAGCUGGGAGUAAUCCACCAGAUUGGAACCCAGCCGAGGCUGCUCUGACUAAGCAAAAAACGUAAACAAACCUUCUAGUCCUUUUCCUGUGGAAACUGUCCUAUUACAAACCUGUGUUCCCAGUAUAAAAUGGAUGUUGUUGUCAACGUCAAAUGUUACUGUUAUAUACACCAGCAAAAAAAGAAGGGAAAAAAUGUAUGCUGCCUUUUUAAGUAUAAUAGUGUAUAUUGUGGUUAGACACUUAUAAUGGCCACCGGUAAUGGCAGCUCUGUUGGCACUUUGUUUUGUUACUAUAUUAUUAUUUCUGUGAAAUCCUAUAUUGGUAAAUGUCCUGUAUAUAAUGCAAGAAGAUUGAAGGGGUGCAUUGGAGUGUGUUGGCAGUGUGUGCCGGGAGGCAGUGUGUGUUACUGAUAUUUAAGGGAAAGGGUGGGAUGCUAAGAGAGGAAUUGCUGUGAAAUUUGCAGAGGAACCCCUCUUGCUAUGGAGAGAUGUAUUUCGUUCUCUUUUUUUUUUAUUGAGAAAAGUGACUUAAGUUUUUGAUACACUACUUUCAAGCUAGUAUACUUGCCUUUUUUGAUUUCGAAGCGCAUUUUACGGAAACAGAAUAGGGACAAUCAGUUACCAAGAAACUUGGCACUGUAUAACGAGAGGCGUUCAUCAGAGAGUGGGAUGUAUCCUCAGACGAGUUCAAUGCAGGGACUUCACUUGUGAAUUUGUGAAGAGGGCCGUAGGUGCAUGCAAGAAUUUCUGGACACAAACGUGAAUAGGAGAGAGAAGAGUGAGAGAGAGGGGGAGGACAAGGAAAGAUGGAAACAAAUGUCUUGUUCCCAGUGCCCUGCUCUAACACACCUGAUUAACCUACUGUCUCUGCAAAGGGCUCAGCAGUGUAGUUUUCAGUAAUACCCUUCUCACACUACUACUGAGUUGAUCCAAGCUGUACUGCACUGGCCUGGUUAAGCAUCCAUUAUAGUUGCUGGAACUGUGUUCAAAACGACCAGGUGAAAAGAAAAUGCAGUUGAACACAUAGUACAGUUUGGCUUGGUACAGUAGUGUGAAAAGGGUAUAAGAAUUCCCCAGUGCGUUGCUCGGUUCUUAAAACUAUUUACCGGUGACUUUGAAGUGGUUCUUUUUUUCUAACUUCAUCCAUUCUGAAAGACAGCAAUCCCUUUACGAAACUAGCGUGCCGGUAUUCAGCGAUGAACAAAUUGCUGUCGACUGUUCUCUGUUUUUAUACUCUCUUUAAAGAUAGACCCACUCAUAGCGUUGAGUCAAAAAGGGCCACGGGCUUCAUUGGUUUUUAGGGAAUUGUCAGGAUUGACCCUGGGUGCAUUGUGAGGGACCGUUUUCAUGUCAGCAAUGUUUCUGUAUUGUGUGUUGAUGUUUUUUUUCAUGAGGUGUGUUUUCUCGUAGACCUAUGAGGGAAAUAACGCCCUGUGCCUCGUCAGUCGAGGCUAUGCAGGACACCGGAAGGAACUUGGAAGUCAAAACAUCAGAUUCCUUCCUUAGUUAUUUCGCCUCCGUCUUUUGACCUAGUAUGUUCGUGUUGUCUAAUGUGACUUGACACGAAAAUGCAUUUCAUUUGGAUGAAAGUGUGUGUGUUUGUGUGUGCAUGCGCUGAUAAGGGAUACUGUGUAACCCCAUUUGUCAAUUUCAACCCUUUGAAAACUAUGGCUUCACUUGCGAUUAGAUGCUACAUCUAUGGUAUUACAUUUUAUGUAUUUUUUGUUCAUCUUCAGUGGUAGCUGAUUUUAACAACAGUGUAUGUUACAGUAUAUUUUAUCCUCAUGCAUUGCUGACCGUCAAGGUGUCUCAUGUUUUGCCUCGGAAAGAGGAAAAGUCUUUGGUCAAUCCCACUCAUUUGACUGUACAAUGUUCCACUAUUUCAUGAUACAAAUAUACACUAUAUAUAUAAAAGUAUGUGGACACCCCUUCAAAUUAGUGGAUUCGGCUAUUUCAGCCACACCCAUUGCUGACAGGUGUAUAAAAUCAAGCAGAGCCGAGUAAUCUCCAUAGUCAAACAUUGGCAGUAGAAUGGCCUUACUCAGUGACUUUCAACGUGGCACUGUCAUAGGAUGCCACCUUUCCAACAAAUCAUUUUGUCAAAUUUCUGCCCAGCUAGAGCUGGUCAACUGCAUAUUCAUGCCCAUGAUUUUGGAAUGAGAUGUUCGAUGACCAGGUGUCCACAUACUUUUGGUCAUGUAGUGUAUGUAUGUAUCCAUAACUGAUACUUAAAUAUGUUCCACUACUUCAUAAUACAUAUUUAUAUUAUAGCACUACUUUUGGGAAGUCAAGCGGCACCAAGUAAUACCUAGGAAAAACUGGACAGUCUAAUAACUCCAACAUUGAGUUUUACAGCUCUUUUAAGUAUAGUUAAAGUUUGCAUAUGUUUUUGCACAAACAUUAUUUUAAAUGAUGUGAGAGUUUUUCUUUUUUAAAUGAACCACUAAAAGAAUACAAGGUAAAAUCUCUUGUUUUUAUGAUGUCAUGUUUCAUAUCAGUUUUUGUUUAUUGAAAUAUGUUUUAUUUACAUCUUACUCUUUAUUAAGUUUUUGUAUGGCCAUUUUAUUAUUCUAACCCUUUUUAAGAAAAGAGUUGAGCUCUUUUGUAAAGAAAUUCUGUUUGGAAAUUGGGUUUUGAAGUGUUGUAAGUGAAAAACAGGCUAUUAAAGGAGUGUUGAGAGAA